AUGAAUGAAUUCUUGAGCCGAAAAUGUGAUAACGACCUAACCAUUAAAACUGUCUGCCUUUUCUACAAUUCUCCAGAUAAUGUGAACUCUCAUUAUAACAAUUCUAUUCAACCAGUCAUCUAUGGAGGUUUUCGUUUAUUUGUCAAUCAUUACGGAGAAUUAGAUUUUAUGAAACCAGAAAUAGUUCAGAUAACUAGUGAAUCAUACAUGAAUCAAAUGAAUAAUGAGAAAACUAUAGAUGACAGAGAAAUUGCACAAAACUCUUUUUUUCAUACUGUACAAAUUCCAAACAGUUUACUCAGAUUUCUUUUGGAUCGAUUUGUCUCAAUUAAUUAUGCCUGGAGUCGAUUUAAAUCAAUAAAACCAAGACAUCUUUGCGGUGGAAUACUUGUCAACAGUGAUUGGGUAUUAACUGCAGCUCAUUGUAUCAGUCCAUUUGGAAAUGAUAUAAGACAUCUAAAAGUAACCAAAUUAAAUUAUUACCAUCACAACUCAACUGUAUAUUUUAAACCUGAAGGUAAUACAAAAUCAGUGGAAACGUUGAUCAUGCAUGCAAACUUCACACAAGGUCAAAGUUUUUCACCAGAUAUUGCAUUAAUUAAGCUAAAACAUUCAUUAAUUGAAUCAUCUGUAGAUCAGUUGUACAAUCUGAUGGAUAUAAGAAAUGAUGAUUUACUAAUGACUGAGAAAUUAUUCACUGAUAAUCUAAAGUAUACAUGUUUAGUUGCAGGUGUUGGUCAUUUAAAAUAUCGAAGUCAAGCGAAUUCAAAUUCGGAUAAUUGUAUAAAUCUUCAUAUUGCAGUUGUACACUUACAGUCGUGUAAUAAGUUAUGGAAUAAAAUAAAAGCAGAAGAGGAGAAUAGAAGUUAUAAAGAAGAAUGGAGACCACAUGAAGAAGAGGUAGAAGAACACUCAUCGGAGUUUUGGAUCAAGGGAACAUCCACUGAUGAUUCUAGUAACAGUUACCUAUGUGCCGGUGGAAGUUAUGUAGAUGGAGAUACUUGUCAAGGAGACAGCGGUGGACCACUUCUGUGCAUCGAUACAAAUGGUUAUGGGGAACACGAAAAGAUUAUUAAAGACUCGCCUAAAGAAUGUUGUGUAUACUGCUUCACAACUCUACUGUGCACUUUGCCUCAGCUGUUCUGCUGCGUAAAAUCACCAUCAUCACUGCUGAAAGCUCUACUUGGCAGUCGGUCGUGUUAA